CGUGGUACACAGACAGACAGACCAUGGCCUUUGUAAUGGAUUGGGUGUACGGGGCGCUGUCCUUCCUGGGGCUGUACCAGAAGAGCGCCAAGAUUCUGUUCCUGGGCCUGGACAAUGCCGGCAAGACGACGCUGUUGCACAUGCUCAAGGACGACCGCAUGGCGAUCCACCAGCCGACGAUCCACCCGACCAUGGAGGAGCUCAACAUUGGCAACAUCAAGUUCCGCACGUUUGACCUGGGCGGGCACACGCAGGCCCGGCGGGUGUGGCAGGACUACUUUACCACCGUCGACGCCGUGGUCUUUCUUGUCGACGCCUCGGCCGCGUGGCGGUUCGAGGAGUCGGCCACCGAGCUGCAGUCGCUGCUCGGCUCGGACGAGCUGGCCGACGUGCCGUUCCUCAUCCUGGGCAACAAGGUCGACAUCCCGGAGGCCGUCUCCGACGAAGAGCUGCGCUUCCAGCUCGGCCUCUCUGGGCUGACCACGGGCCAGGACGGCGGGGACCUCGGCGGCGUCCGACCCAUCGAGGUUUUCAUGUGCUCGGUCAAGAUGCGCCAGGGCUACGGCGCAGGCUUCAACUGGCUCGCCAACUACCUCUCGUGAUUGCCUUCUCUAGCUUUGCUAAAUCCUCCUCGUUCUUUCUACUAA